CUGGCUGUGUGUGUCUACAGCCCCCUCUCACUGGCUCUCACAUACACACUGAACUCACACUCUCCCUCACAUCUACACACACUAACGCAGAGCCGAUCAGUGCAGGCAGCGCAGAGCUUGGUAAUUGUAUUGCACCCUUCAAGUGGAAGGAAGGACUGAGAGAGAGGAGGACCAGAGAAAGAAGAGGAAGAGAAAGAGGAAACAUAUACAAACUUUGAUCUUUAUAUAUAUAUUUUUUGUUUUUGCUGUUUCUACAAAGGAGGUUGACAUGACAGUGACCCAGUAUCAUCGAUGGAUUCGGUAGGACACCCAUUAUCCGAGUGUUUUUUAAUGCACUCUGAACAAGAGUAGAAUGAACUUAUCGAAGGGGCCAUUGGUGAACAGCAGCAGCGAAGACAACUCCAAGUCAACUUAUGGUAAAUGUGGCGCUGGCGCCUGGAGGAUGCACCAGAGCUACGAUCCACUAGAGGCCAACCACAUGAGAGACGCACAUGCCCUCUACAACCCCAGGCUUCUCUGCAGAAUGUCCAGUAAGGAGCGCCACCUUGAGUCCAAUUGUCCGUCCUCUUAUAUAAAGACUGAGCCAUCGAGUCCUGCCUCCCUGACUGACAGUCUAAACCAUCACUCCCCUGGUGGCUCCAGUGACGCUUCAGGCUCAUAUUCAUCCACAAUGAACGGCCACCCUAAUGGCUUAGACUCCCCAAGCCUUUAUGGCUCCAACGCAGGACCCCUGGGACCUGCUGGUGGCCCUGGCUCGAAGCGUUACGAGGACUGUUCAUCGACUAUUGGGGAAGAUUCCCAAAUUAAGUGCGAGUACAUGUUGAAUUCCAUGCCCAAGAGGUUGUGUCUGGUGUGCGGGGACAUUGCAUCAGGGUACCACUAUGGAGUGGCAUCGUGUGAGGCCUGCAAGGCCUUCUUCAAACGCACCAUUCAAGGCAACAUUGAGUACAGCUGUCCAGCCACCAACGAGUGUGAGAUCACCAAGAGGAGACGCAAGUCAUGCCAGGCCUGCCGCUUCAUGAAGUGUCUGACUGUAGGCAUGCUGAGGGAGGGAGUUCGCCUGGACAGGGUUCGUGGUGGAAGACAGAAAUAUAAACGUCGGAUAGAUGCCGACAACAGCCCGUACCUGAAUCCACAGCUGGCUCUGCCUCCCAAGAAGCCAUUUGCCUUUGGCUGCCUUGCAGAUAACAAAAUCGUCUCUCACCUGCUGGUGGCUGAGCCAGAGAAGAUUUAUGCCAUGCCUGACCCAACAGUACCGGACAGCGACAUUAAGGCCCUGACUACGUUGUGUGACCUGGCAGACAGAGAACUGGUGGUCAACAUCGGCUGGGCCAAACACAUCCCAGGUUUCUCCACGCUGUCCCUGGCAGACCAGAUGAGUCUACUCCAGAGUGCAUGGAUGGAGAUCUUGAUCCUUCGUGUUGUGUACCGCUCACUAUCUUUUGAAGACAAGCUGGUGUAUGCUGAGGAUUACAUAAUGGAUGAGGACCAGUCAAAACUAGCUGGACUUCUGGACCUGAACAAUGCCAUCCUUCAACUGGUCAAAAAAUACAAAUCUAUGAAACUGGAGAAGGAGGAAUUCGUCACUCUCAAGGCCAUUGCUCUGGCUAACUCAGACUCCAUGCAUAUUGAGGAUGUGGACGCAGUGCAGAAGCUGCAGGAUGUGCUCCACGAGGCCCUGCAGGACUAUGAAGCUUCCCAACACCAGGAGGAUCCCCGCAGAGCAGGCAAGCUGCUCAUGACCCUCCCCCUGCUUCGCCAGACCUCCACCAAGGCUGUGCAGCACUUCUACAGCAUCAAGCAGGAUGGCAAAGUCCCAAUGCACAAACUCUUCUUGGAGCUGCUGGAAGCCAAGGUCUGAGGACAGGAACUAGAUGGAGGAAUGGCUACACACUAGUCUGAACCACCAAAUCUUCAUUUUAAACUUUGAUCAAACACUUUGAAUGACCUCAUGCUAUUUUACACAUAGACACUUGUACCACACUCGCACACACAGACAGAAACAUGUCCCUGAGGUUUGUUUGCUGACACAUCAACCUAUGAACAAAGAAUCUAUUUGAAACUCUUACCUGAACCCUACAAAAUGAGUCUUUGACAAAAGGGUGCUCACUUGAAUCUGUUUUGGGAAAGAUGUGGACAGACUGACUUAACUCCUCAUGACCAAGGGAGGAAGACAAUUCCAACACUUUCAUGAAAAUUACCACAGUGACUCUAAACCCUGAUGAUGAAAAAACACUUAUGCAUUGAGUAACAAUUAAGAUAUAAUUAACAAUUAAAUGAGGACACAUUAAAAGAAACUAAAAAUCUUCAUUUUAGUUCUGAAAGACUGCAAGACUGCACUUCCGUUUCCUUCCCCCUCCUGUAUCCUCCAACAGAUUUUUUUUAAUGUUCCAGAAGAAAGGGAGAAGGGGGAAAAAUGAACACUUAGGAAGUAUUAAUGAUGUUUGUUGUUAAUGUACAUGUACAGUGAAAUUUGAAUGGAUGGACAGAAAGAAAAGAAGAGGAGAUUUGCCCUGCCAAAGAAUGGAAUCAUCCAUUCAGAGGAUGCCAGCAAACCUUACUGUCAUAACUCCAAAACUGUUUCUGGUUUUAAGUGGUUUUCAGUCCUGGGCCUCAGGAGAACUGCUGGUUCUCUGUUCUAACAAAUUACUGAAAUUUUCUCUUGUUACGAAAACCAGCUGGGCUUACAGUUUCUAGGACCAGGAUUAGAAACAACUGCUGUAAAAAAAGAAAAAAGUAAAAAAAAACAUUCUUGUUCUCCCUAAAUUCAAUACCUAGCUUCCCAUGAUUUCCCCUAUUUCAACUGUAGCUUUACCAUUUGUUGUAUCUGCUGAGGAACAGUGAUCCUGGCCUCCCAAAAUUAUCAAUAUUACCACUGUGUGUUUGCACACUUGAUGAAGCUAAAAAUGGUUUCAAAUAAGGACAGCUAGACACCAUUUUAAUGUGUGUUUGACUGUAAGACUGCCCUCUUGUCUGACCACAUGAGGUGUGAUUGAUUGACAGUUAUGAAGGAAAUGUUUAUUUCCUACUUACUAAUGGCAAACUCAAACUUCCUAUUUAGCCAGCAAACAGAAGGUAUCUCUGGAAUUCUAUAUUCUGUCAGACACUCCUCUUGUGUUUGGACAUCUGUUUGUAACCUUUUUAGCUGUUUUGUGACCCACGUUUGCAGCUCUCCACAUACUAUUACCGAGUCAUUUCAGUCUGUCAAUGUCUCAUUAAGAAUAGUCCAGCCCAUGCUCAUUACCCACACUCCAAAAGCUACAAUGUGUCACCUUAGUGCUAUUCCUUGCCCUGUAGUGUUCACAAUUUCCAGCUUAUCUCUUGCUUCUGUAGAGAGAUUUCUUUGUGACUCAUUCAGGGAGUGUAGCUGGAGCUUCGGUCACUCAAUGCAAUACAAAGCAGAAAGACAGGUGUGCUGACAAAACUGACUACAGAACAGGUGUUGUUGCUUUAAACUGCUCAUUUUGUUUUGUUAAUUUAUACUUUGGAAAUAAUCUUAGCUAUGAUACCAGUUAGGGUUGUAAAUAAUUGUCAUCCUGUAUAUGAUAUAUAACUCAGCUUUGAUUUCAUUCUUAAUAUUGUCUUCUUAAAACUGAAUCAGUCAAUAUUUCUUUCCUUUUUUUUCUAUCAACCUGACCACUUUCAGCAAUUAUCAUGUAUACAUAUAUAUAUAUAUAAAUAUAUAAAUAUAACAAGUAAUAACAUAUUAACAGAUCAGUUUAUCUUAGAAACUCUGAGCAAUAGUGGUUUUUAAAGGAGGGGUUUGUGCUUAUGGACUAAGUCUGCAAUUUUAACAUUUUGUGCCAGUCUUAAAUUUGGAAUCUAGCUCAUGAUUGGGAAGAAAAUUUGUUGCUUCUCUUUCUCUCUGUGUAACUUGCCAUAAGCUAUUAGGUAACAGUCAACAUGUUAUUUGUUAGUGGCCAUUAGUCAGGAAGCCCAUGGACGAAGACUGUCAAGAUGAGAUUAUAUUGCUGUUGAAUAAAUGGGAUAAAAAGCUUUUAGUUUUCAGUUACAACAUAAACCUUCUUGUGUCCAGGCUUUCUUUUUGGUCACAUUUGAUCUGAUAAAGGUGAGUCAGUUCUUGUUUAAAACCAGAAAGAGAUAUUUUUGCCCAUUUGCACCACUAGAUAAAUGUUUGUUGGCCAUUUGAAGUGUGGAGACCAUCAAAAUAUUGUUUAAGAUUAAAAUUUGCACUGAGGAAAGUGAUGCUAGUAAAAUCAAAGCAUUAAUUAACUGAAUGGCAUGGCACUGUCUACUUUCUGUUAGCUCACUACAAUAAACUGUAAAAAAGAAAAGUAGGACGUAGCCACCUUGACCACCACUUGUUGGUUCAUAGGCUUGUGUUUCCAAAAGUUACCAAAAGCAACUCACACCGCGCCACAAAGCAUACCGCUUUAUACUCUGUUUUAUUCUAAAUGGGUUUGUAAUCAUAAAAAUCAAUGUUCUUUAAACAUGAAACUAUAGACUGUAAAUUAGGUGAGAUAUCGUAAUUUCUCCCAAGAUCUCUAUUUACAAACAGGCAUUUUUUGGGAAUCCCGGGAGUCUCCCCUUGCUGGCCAUUAGACAAAAUGCAGGAUGAAAAUAUUUCUGCAUCGCGACGCUGUUGACUAAGGUGGCUACAGUUCUACCCUCCUUCUUGUUAUUUAAUGACUGAUUUUUACAGGAAUGACAAAACUCAUAAAUUCGAUGUAGAAUGAAGCAUCCAACCCACUAAAGAUAAUUUUAAAAAAGGCUUACAGGUAAAAUUAAAUAGGGGGAUUUACCAUGUGUACUUUUAGAUAUAAAAGAUAUGAAUGUGCCUCCUGUCUCGCUACCUACCUGUUUAGCUUGGGUUCAAAACUGAAUUAGCUUCAUAAGCCUUCAUAUACUCUAAAUUAUUGCAGAAUAGUACGUGAAUUUAACUGCAGCUUUUACAGACUUAUGAGGAAGAUCAGUGCAUAUCAUAACAGUGGUUCUAAGUCCUUUGUUAACUGUAAGCAUCAAUAGUGUUUGUUUAAAUUCAGAGUUUCUCUAGAAACAGUAAAUGGAAAAGCUGAGCUGACAUUUUUCUGUCAAAUAAGGAAACACUUAUUUCAUUACUACAAGACAAACAUUGCGUUACUAAUCACACCUUCAACAGGUGGAGUUGAGUUUUUAUUUAUUUAUUUAUUUAUUUAUUUUUAUUAUCAUUAUUAUUUAUGUAAUAUCUGAGUCUGAAUAAGAAUGCCAAAACUUGUAAACUAUAUGAUGACUGUAUAAUCUAAUGUCAUGGCAACUUGUCACAGCGGAGGAGUGCAGCAGUUUAAGUGUAGUCGAUCGCUAACAUCCCACACUCUGUAUCAACCAUCAGUAUUAUUAGUAAGGGGUAUUUUCUCAGCCUUCUUUAACACUGUAUAUUGUAAAUUAUACAGAUUAUAAUUCUAACAUAAGACAUUUUAUUGGAGACAAAACCAAGAAAAAAAGGAAGAAAAAAAAAAAUAACGUAGCUCAGCCUGUGUGUUUCAUGUUUGCUGUUUUUUCAGUCAUGAGAAAAAAAAAAUCUUUGAUUUUAUUUGGGUUUUGUUUUUAAGUCCUGUUUCUUUUUGAUUCUUUCUUCCUCUGUUAGUCCUCUGAGGCCUUUCUGUGCAGUUUUUUCUUGUGGUGAUUCCUGUUCUUGUAUCGUGUGCUUCUUCUUUGGAAAACACAGAGUAGAGUAGAGGCCAUGUUGUCUGUCUGUCUGUCAGAUCAGCCACUGGGGGUCUGGGCAUCGGAUUCUCUCACAAUGAACCAAAUCUAACACAAGGCUCUUCUUCUAGGAAACAUAACUAGACCACCAGGAUCAAAUUACACAAUCAUCUCUACCAAACUAUACAUAAUUAAAUAUUAAGUAUCUAAAGGAAGAAUCAACUUAAAAACUAUUUAAAAAUGGAUAAUUUGUGUAACUUUCCUGUAGAAUAAACAAUAUACUGUAUAUCUUUAGGUUAAAUAAAGCUGAAGAACAUUUGAGUAAUUCAGAACUGUAGGUGACUCUUUUUUGAUAAACUUGCUGUACAUAUCUGCCUCCCAUACAGCUCAAAUCAGUCAUUAUCUUUACUGCUUCAAAAAGAGAAAAUAAUCAAAAAAAAAAAACUUUUAUUUCCUCUUUCAGUUUAUUUUCUGGAAAAUACCUCACUUGAUAAGUGAAAUACUUCAAUGUGGGAGAAUUUUCUCUGCAGCAUACAUUCAUGACAUUGUGAAGAAAAUCUACAGUAUACUGGAAUUAAACCACACAAUGCAUAUUUAAGCUUAAACUGUCACCAAAUUAAAGAAAUCAUAAUGCAUUCUGUAUAUUGUUUUUUUUUUUCUUCUUUUUCUUCUUCUUUUUUUCUUUUUAAGAGAAAUAUAGUGAGGAAAUACAAGACAUUUGUAGGUCAAGUUCCCAGUAAUGCAGUUGAAUUUCUUUUUUUCAGUUUUGCUGUAGAAAACAAAACCCUUUUCAUACAGAUGAGAUUUAUUAUUACUGUACAUUUUUAUUCUACACAAAAAAUAAGGAAGAAAAGUGCUCUCUUUUUACUGCUUUUGUUUUAUUUUCUUCUUAUUAAUUCUAUUAUUUUAUUUAUCAGUUGUUAAAGCAGCUCGUUGUACUUGUGAACUAUUCCACAGACUGAAAGAUGCUUUAUGUCUCUUCAAGGUGAUUAAUGUUAAGCUGAAUUGGGAUAACUGGAAAUGGUUCACAGUGGUGACACUUUGUUUUGCUGCCUGAAACCUGAAGAAAAUACUAACUGACUGAAAGAGCUUUUCAUGUAAUUUGCUGCUCAUAGCCUCAAAAUUAUUAAGAUGUAUUCUCAAACGCAUUUUACCUUUACCUCUACUAUUUCCUCUUUGUUGAAAAUUAAUAUGUUGUAGUCUGCACCAUGACAAGGCAAGAGUUGCACAGGUUUGAGUUGGGGUGUAGAUCCAUAUACUGAUGUGUCAGCUUAACGUUUAAACCACAUUAAUAACAACAAGUAAACCUGGCAUUUCAAAUAAGAGCAGUGGAAGACGGACUGUAUGGUUUUAUUUUUACUGAGCUUCUGAUACAAAGAUUUUGACCUGGUUGCACUUUGGGCAUCAUUUAAUUGCCCUCAUUAGGAGUUUAGAUCCAUUAGCUGCAAACGCUCCAUGUAACAAUAGUUUAGCUGGAGCAGGGGGACAAGUUAUUGGGCCAUUGUGACAUAGCAGGGUUGUCCAUCUUCCAUAGUUGCCCCUUUAAACUGCAAAGGCCAAACUGUCUAUCUACAGCUCUACAGUGUUAAGUCAUUUAGUUGUAUUUAAUCCCCAAAUAUAACUGCCACUUGUGCUGCAGCCUGCCCUGCAAUAGAAAUUUGCAAAUAUGAAAAUAUUUAAGGGAGAGAUAAACUUUGGAAGCAUUGGAACUUAAAGGGUAUUUAGGAUUUCAAAGACCCUUGGCUGGUGAAGAAGAGCUAUUGAUGAGAAAAGACCAUGUAGUGUUAUUGAAAACAUGUCAGUAGAUUUUAGAUGUGCUUCACAUCAGUAAAAAAAAAAAAAAAAAAAAAAAAAGAUAAACAAGUACCUGUAUAUUUUUGUGAUGU